CGGAGGUAAAGUGGUGGUGCAUCUGAAGUUCACGAGUGGUCCAAGCUCUGCCGCAUCUUUUCGCCGCAGCACUUCCGUGUGGUGAACUUCUCCAACAACACAUCAACAAACUACCACGUCUCGAGUACUACGGUUUCUAGGGCUCUCUUCGAUAAACCAAUCUCCCAAACCAACCCGCUCACCUCCACCACCCACAAUGGCACCCCCGGCCACCCCCCAAAUCCUCUCCAUCUACCGGCGCCUCCUCCGCGAACUCCCCUCAACACCACAAUUAACCCGCACCCAACACCAAAAGCUCUCCGCGCCCUCAAAACUGCAACAGCGCAUCCGCUCGACACUUUCGCAAUCGAACCCCAACGCAAACGCGCAGAGUCAAAUACAACAGGCGGAGCAAUUCAUACAAUAUGUGCAGGCGCAACGGAUGCAUUCGACGCUGCUGGAGCGGUAUAAUCCAGGCAUGGGCAUGACGGAGGAGGAGAGGGUUAGGUUGAGCGCGAGGAGAGUGGGUAUGAAUCUGCCGGUAGAAUUUGAGGAGGAGGGUGGGGAGAAGGCUUGAAGAUGAGGGACGGGGGUCGGUUGGUUGG